CUCCGUCCGUUGUACGGAUCCGUAUGUCUCGACUGAUCUUCCACCCAGUAAGAAGCCGUUACACAAUAUAAGUUGCGAUAUCUGCAAAUAACCCAAAAGACACCACGGCCGCUCCCAUUCGUGCAAUUCGCCGCCAAUUAAACCAUUUUGCGUCAGACAGCGCAUCACUCAGCAUCAUUAUCCAGUGGGAAACAUGGUUUCCUUCUCCUGUGAGAACUGCGGCGAUGUUUUGACCAAGAAGAAACUUGACCCACAUCGAAACCGUUGUCGAGGGGCGACUUUUACCUGCAUCGAUUGCAUGGUCCAUUUCCCUGGCACUGAAUAUCGCGCCCAUACGAAAUACCAGGGCGCCCUGUAUAAGAACAAGAAAGCAAAAACGAGCAACUUCGUUGCGACACCCCCCGCACCACCAAAGACCAUGCCCCAACCUGCUUUUGUUGAGGAUGCCACCGAGGAGUACGAGUGGAGGGAUUAUGAGGACGACAGCGAUGAUGACAAUCUAUCACCAGCCGAACCACCUCCAGAGGCACCCACUCCACCUCCUGCGGAUGAAGGUCCCGUCAACGUCUUUGACUUCCUAGUCGCCAAUCCGACGCCUUCUGCCUCGAAUGUGUCUCUACUUCGGCCUACCCAACUCAGCAAAGAAACUCAACUGGUGCGGUUCGACUAUGACGCGGAAGCCUACCUUGACCCUGAAGGGCAAAUGCUGGAAGAAGGGGCUAUGGUUGAGUACGGCGCUGGGCCGGUUGCAGCCUCCCAGUUUGAGACCCCCGCACCAAAGGGAGAGAGGAGGAGGAGCAAGGAUGGCGAGAAAGACGUCAAGAAGGACAAGAAGCGGAAGCGAUUACACGUCGACGUCCACGACCAAGUCAUGACUGAUGCGCCGCCAGUACUACACUCGGGCUUGACGGGAGGAUUGAACAAGCUGAUGACUCGGCCGUCCGUCUUCCCGCCUUCGCCCGACUACUCUGGCGGUGACGUUGCCGAGACGCCAACCAGCCCUCUAAAAAAGACGAAGCAUUCCAAACAUGGCAAGCCCAGCCGCGCCGAAGCCAUUGGCAACACUCUGAUGGCCAUGAUCUCUUCGGGACCCAAGACCAAGACUAAGAAGCGCAAACAUAGCUCGCCGUCGGGGACAAAGAAGUCCAGCCGCCACCUCCUAGAGGGUGCGAAGGAACAGAAACUCCUCGAAUACCGGCCGGGCUCCAAGGAAGGAAAGGAGGGCGGCGACAACGCCAUGAUACUAUAUAAGCCUCGAGCCGAACACUUCCUGAGCUUCGUGAACAAGGGCCCGGAUAGCGAGCGAGGAUGCAGCAUGAACAAGGCACUGAAGCGCUACCAUCGCGAACGAAGCGCUUCCGCAAGCCAGUCCGUGAGCAAGCUGAUGGAAGAGAAGGAACUCUGGCGCUCGUUGAGGUUGAAGAAGAACGACCGCGGCGAGAUUGUCCUGUUCUGUGUCUGAAUUACGAUAAACCCGACCCAGCUGAGAAGAGAAGCCUCGCUCGGUACGCGGGUCUGGAGGAUUUAACGGAGUUGAUGUCGCAUGGAUUUUUCCUUCUCAUGAUACCUAUACACAGGCAUG